AUGUCAAACCCAGAUCCCACGUUGAACUUGCCUCGCAUCCUUUGUCUUCACGGAGGUGGCGUCAAUUCUGCUAUAUUCAAAGCACAACUUCGGGCGUUCUUGAAUCACGAUAAACUCAAAAAUCGAUAUCGCUUUGUUUUCGUUGAUGCCCCAUUUUUCUGCGAUGAGGGAGUUGGAGUUUAUCCGGUCUACUCAGAUUGGGGCCCCUUCCGGAGAUGGUUUCGAUGGCUGGACUCUCAUCCUGAAAUUGAUCCCGCUGCUUGUGCAUACGAGCUUGAGUACACUAUUGAGCGGUGCAUGGAGAGCGACGAGGGGACGGGGGAAUGGGUGGGCGUUCUGGGCUUCAGUCAAGGCGCCAAACUGGCAGCUAGUCUGCUUUACGAACAGCAGAUUAAGGAGAAAGAUGGGCCCUGGAAAUUCGCUGUCAUCCUUGCGGGACGAGCGCCGAUUGUCAGCCUCAGCGAAGAAGCGGAAGAAUUCCCCUGGAUGCAAUCGGCUGGAGGACUAUCUGACGCUGCGGAUCUGGACAGCAUCCUCGAACGGCCAGAUAUGAAAUUGAAGAUCCCGACCUUGCACGUACACGGAUUAAAGGAUGAGGGUCUGCAUCUGCAUAGAAAGCUGGUGGAAGAUUAUUGUGCGCCUGGUACCACCACUUUGGUCGAAUGGGACGGAGGUCAUCGAAUACCAAUCAAGAAGAGUGAUGUCGAUAAGAUCGUCGAUGCUUGGGUGGAUCUGGCAGAUGAGUAUGGAGUAUGA